UGCCAAUCCGCUAUUUAUCAACUAGUUUUGAUAAGCACUGAAAAUAUUUAUUAAAUAAUUACGUUAAUAAGUUUAAUUUAAAAUGCCUCAGCACAUUUUUAUUAAUAGCUGAAGAGCUGUGUCAUAAUGCUUUGAAAUAAAUUUGGAAUUUUUAAAAUGGACGCCAUAAACAAAUAUGAUUCGGAUGGCGUCAUAGAAUAUUGCCCAGAGGAUUUUAUAGAAUGUGAAAUAGAGGAAGAAGUGCCUGUAAUUAAAACGGAACAUUCUAGGUUUGCUGAAACGUUUCAGUGUUCUAAAUGUCCAUAUCAAGAUAGCUCGUUGGAUCAAGUACGUACUCAUUACUAUGUUGUACACGAAGGUUGGCCUUUGGUUACAUUGGCACAAGAAGAAGAAGAAACUGAUACAAAUAUUGUGUUUGUAUGCAGUUUAUGUUUUCGUCAGUACAGUUUAGAAGAGGAUUUACGUGGACAUAUGAUAGAAUAUCAUAAAUGUGUUCCUAUUGAGGAAACUGAUGGCAAAACUGUCGAUGUGGCUGAGAUAGUUGAUAAGCAGAUAUCAGAGUUCAAAGAGUUGUUGGACACACAUAAGACAAUACCACAAAUUGAACAGGAAGUGCGUCCAAUGGCAUUCAAAGAUUUUCGCUUAUUUUUACGUGUGAAUUUGAAAAUACGUUGUACAUUUACGACACCUUGUAUGUUUAAAUUUGAAAAUUUGGCACGUUUAGAGACACAUCUCAAGUGUCAUGCAGAUAACUUAAGCCAAAAAUUCAAAUGUUUGGAGUGCGGUCUAGAAAUACUCAAUUGGCGUCGUUGUUCCGCACAUUUAUGGAAAGUACAUCAAAUCGAUGUUGACUUGUUACAAUGUCCGUCAUGCGAGUUUAGAGCACCUGCCUCCGUGCUUGUUUGGCGUCAUAUGCGUGUACACAGAAAGUGGCGUUCACGUGUGAUUCGUUCAUUGCGUGCAGUAAAAGAGAAGCGUUUGCAGAAUGUUGAGAAAUUGCCGGAAGUGAAACCAAUUACACCGCCAAAUAAAAACAAAUAUUAUUCUGAAAAAAUAUGUGAAAUUUGCAACAGAAAGUUUGUGAAUGGAAAGACGCUAUCAAAACACGUCAAAACAGUGCAUAAUAAAAUAAAACCCUUUAUUUGCAAUGUAUGCGGUAAGAAGACUGCAAGGAAAGCUAGUUUAAUUAUUCAUAUGCGACAACACACAGGUGAAAAGCCACUGCAAUGUAAAACUUGCAAAUUUUCGUCACGCGAUCCAAGCGUUUUGCAUAAACAUCAACUACGCCAUGAAAAGGUGGGCAAAUUUAAAUGCAAUUUAUGUGAUUACUCCUGCAUACAAACCAAUUCUUAUAAACGGCAUAUACGUACUAAUCAUCCUGAGGUUUAUAAGAGAAUUGCUUGCGAUAUUUGCAAUUUUGUGACAAUAACUGAACAAAAAUUGCUUGCCCAUAAGGAAGAUCAUAAAAAAGGCUUAAUUGUAAAUUACGAAGAUUCAAUGGACGCAACACGUAACAAUUGCUUUAAAAAUCCCGGAAAAUUGCAUGACAAAACUAAUGAAAUCAUAUUAAGAGAACAAACAGCUAUAUAA